AUGUCGGUAAAAGAAAGCAUAUUCAAUCUAAUCCCAUUUGAAGAACCACCCAAACCUACUUUGCCAAGAUAUAAAUCAUGCAGCCUGAGGGAAGCAAAGUCGUCGUUUAGCAAUAAACAAUAUCCUUGUAAAACUAUGGGGCUCGCAAAAGUUACUCCACCAAACCCCCAAAACUUUCUUAAAACUAGCCAUUCGGUGCCAAAAUUAUGUCGAAAAAAGGAGGAGCCAUCGAAAAUCAGCUAUUAUAAAUGCAGUCUCUCAGCCAAAAAAGAACCCUUACCGGCGGUAAAGUCUGGAGACAUGAAUAUUGUUUCACAAAAAGAUUUCAUUAAAAACAACAGACACAUGGCAGACGCAUCAGUACCUCCGAAACCCAAAACGUUUGUCGUAGAUACGAGGACAGGUCACAAGUUCGAUAUCAAGUACUCUGGUCUUCAGCCUUUUUAUGUUAAGCGUAAGAGUUUUGGAGGGGUGCCUAAAUACCUUACGGAGCGUGAAAAAGCCGCUUCCGAAGCUCAGAAAAACUAUGAAGAGCACAUUAAAAAACUUGAAGAAGAAAAUGCUCUGAAAAUCAUUACAGAAAGUGAGAAGAAGUCUUUACUUGAUCAGCUGAAAAACAAGUGGCAAAAAAGAUUUAAACAGUACCAGUCUUUAGCCCUUGUGAUAGACACUCCUCCAAAAGUGCAUCAAAAGUUAUGGCUUGAGAAAGAAAUGAAAGAGAUUGAAAAGAACAUCGAGUUUUUGGAAGAAUAUCACUAUAUAUAUGUUGCUAAAUAAAGAAUUUAUGGAUUAAUCAUAAUCAAAAAUUCUACAUGCAUAAAGAAAACUGACUAGAAUACUGAUUUUUUUGCUUCACAAUAUUUUUUCUUCGUUAGAGCUAUGCAACAAUUUAUUUUUAAAGAGGUUUCAGAAAUACUGUGAUUUUCAGAAAGGUGCAUUUAAAGUUCCCAGUUGCACCUUUUCAUCCCUGUUUCUUUCUUGUGGUAUUUUUCCUCACUUCUUUUAAUCAAAAAUGUACGGUUUGGUGCUUGGAAUCGCUCGGGCUUUUCAUUUUGUGAUUAUAUUAGUUUCAUUCGUAAAAAGAUAGGGGACUGGGUCACCUCUUUUUGUCUUGAUAAUGGUACUCUCUCAACUGAUCUAAUUUUCUUUUAAGUGUGUGGAAUGAUGUAGCUUAAACUAGG